AUGGCUGCUACAAAUUGUGAUAGUGAUAGUGACAUUCCAUUUGAAUUUAAAACUUAUGAAGAAUUCAAAAGUGAACGGCUCAAAUUGAACCAUGAAAAUACACUUAAAUUGUGGUAUUCUCUGCCAUCAGGAUUGCCAACUGUUAGGUUUCGUCUAUGGAAUGAUAUGUUCAAUGUACCUCCGUUAAACAAUGCUGUUCUCUAUGGAAUUUAUCAAUCGCUCGGUCGUAUUACUAAUGAGUUUCUUGCAAAGGGAAAACGAUACGAUCCAAAAAUAGAUGAUGAUCAACUCUUUAAAGCAGGUCGUACCGUUUGGUUUAUAAUUGCUUUUCAAACACAAAUGAAUCUAUCAUUGACUCUUACGGAUUCGAUAUUUGGUUACAAUAUGCUCUAUCCAUAUACAGAUGAUUUGGUUGAUUGUAAUGAUGUAUCUCGAGAAGCUAAAAAAGAUUUUGCUCGAAUAUUUCAUGAACGAUUACUUAUCGGUGAAUCAAAUUAUAAUCCAAAAUCGCAUUUCAAUGGACAACAAUCGAAUGUAGACGAAUUAAAAUUGCCACCAUCAUUACAAUCUUAUGCUGAUCGUGUUGGAAAAAUAUUUGAUAUGGUCAAAUUCAUUGAAAAUGAUUGGACACGUAAUGAACAUCAAGGUGUCUAUAUGGGUUUGGCUACUAUUCAUGAAUCUCAGAUGAAAUCAACAAUGCAGCAUGCUCAGCCCGAUAAUGGAUACGUACCGACAAUGGCACAAAUUGAACAAAUUAGCGCAGAAAAAGGUGGUGCAUCAUUGAUUGCUGCUGUGUUUCUUAUCGAAGGACGAUUAACACGAGCAAAAAUGGCCUAUUUAGAAUAUUUGGGCUUUGGUCUACAGUUACUCGAUGAUCUUCAGGAUGUGGAAGAAGACAUGAAGAAUAAUCAUCGAACUAUUUUCACUCAAUCAUUGGCUGAUGGUCAAACAUUGGACGCACCUACGGCUCGUCUAAUUCAAUAUUGUUAUUAUGCACCGGCCUUUGAAGAGUUUUCUGAUGAUCAUCGUACAGUGACAGAUGUACGAAGUGGUGAAACAUUGGCUCAUUAUGUUCGCACUUCGAUGAUGAUGUUUUCGAUGCUGCUCAUUUUGGAAGCUGUUUCUCGACUACCACAAUACUAUUCCGAAGAAUUCUAUCGCGAAAUAUCAACAUUCAGUCCACUGCCAUUUGACGAUCUUAAGGGGGCUCGUGUUGAAAAGACAUUUUGGACCGCUGUACGAAAUCAGUUGUUCUAA